UAGAACAACUAGAAGCCCUAAAGCCUAAUCUGAGUCUCAAACUCCUCGUGGCGAAUCCGGCUCACACGCAGGCGCUCGCGAAUGAUAGCUGUGUGCCAAUGCAAUGCCUGGCCCAGUGAUUAAUAGAAUUUCUAUUUGAUUACUUUUGUAUUGUAGGAUAAAGUUUGCAUCCAAGAGAUUGCUAGAGGAAUGACCACAAAGGGGGAUAGAGUUUAGCAAGAUUCAAGGAAGUUAUUCACCCGAGUUUUGCUCAGAAUUGAAAAUGAAGAAAAAGAAGCUAUCGAAGAAUGCAAAACCAGUUGAUGAUGAGCAGAACCCUGUGGCAGAAAACAUGAAGAAGACGCCACCACCACCUGUCAUAUCUUCUUCUGCGACACCUAAGAAGCUAAAGUGUGGCAGUGAAAUCGAUGAAAUCUUUGCGGGGAAAAAGAGAAAGAAGCCGGAGAAGGUCGAGGAUGUGGUUGGAGAGCCUAAAAAAGAGGCUAUGAAGAAUAACAAAAGGAAGGAUAGCAAAGUUGGUAAAGAAAAUGGUUCGACGGGUGGUUUAAGGUGUAGGAAAAGGACGGGAGAUGGGCUUGUAAUUUAUAGUGAGGAGGAAUUGGGAAUUGGCAGGGCGGAUGCCGGAGGUACUCCUCUCUGUCCGUUUGACUGCGAUUGCUGUUUUUGAUAUUAUAAGAAUGGAAUAGAAUUAUGUUGUAAUUGAAGCUUAAUUUGAUGAAAAAUAUCGGAGCUGACCGUUGAAAAGUGUUAUGAAUAAAGAAUAAGUGGAGAAUUUCAACCAUGAAAUUAAAGUGGAAACUAGGAGCGAUGAUGCAUGGUUUGUGAGCCGACAAAGCAGAAAACAGAGGCGAGGAAGAUGACAAACUAACGAAUUAAUACUCACAUGGCGGUAUAUAUACUACAGAAUAUGCUCUCUCUCUCUCUCAUCUCUGAUCUUUUGAAUGUAUAUAUACUCUACGCUUAGCUGGAUAUUUAACGUAACCCAGGCCACCAUCCUAUCGUGACUUUCCCAUGCAUGAUGCAUGCAUAUAUAUAUAAACUGACAAAAGGUGGUGUCGACGUCGUCGAAGAAGACGCGUCUCCGCCCGCCGGGAUCCUCCGAUCCAUCGCCACCGUUGGUAGCAAACCACCAAAACUAUACACCCUUAGCUUUUGAAUAGUAAA